AUGUGCCAUUGUCUUGUACUGCAGCCCUGCAGCCGACCAGGAAGUCCACCCCAAUCUUUCGAGGUACUGGAUGCGUUUUACAAUUUGGGAGGGAACUUUCUCGAUACCGCGAACAACUACCAAAACGAGGAACCAGAGAUCUGGAUUGACGAAUGGAUGAAGGCUCGUGGUAAUCGAGAGCAGCUUGUGGUUGCUACAAAGUACACAACUGGUUUCCGCAAUGCGCAUCGCGACAAGGAGCCUCUACAGUCGAACUACGUUAGCAACUCUAUGAAGAGCAUGCAAACUUUGGUCCAACACAGGCUUGAGAAACUCCAAACCGACUACAUAGAUCUCCUGUACGUUCACUGGUGGGACUUCACCACUUCCGUGGAGGAGGUCAUGCAUGGCCUCAACAACCUUAUCAAUUCUGGUAAAGUGCUGUAUCUUGGAGUUUCUGACACUCCUGCUUGGCUUGUGGUGAAAGCAAACGACUACGCUAAGGCCCACGGCCUACGACCAUUUUCUGUGUAUCAGGGCAAGCGGGACGCUGGGUUCAGAGGCAUGGAGAGGGUGAUCAUACCAAUUUGCCGUGAUCAAGGCAUGGCUAUCUGUCCAUGGGCGCCUGUUGGGCAAGGCAAGUUCAAGUCAUCAGAUGCACGAAAGUCAGGCGAGAAGGGCAUCCAUCCAAUCGUCGGUCAGCGGGCCGUCAAACACUUGAAAUCCAACAUUGAUGCGCUGGGUGUAUCACUGACCAAGGAGGACAUGAGAAACAUCGAUGAAGCAGCACCUUUUGAUAUCGGCUUUCCGAUGAACUUCGUCUUUCAAGAGUACGACUCAACUGUCCACAUCUUCUGA